AUGCUGAGAGUCCGAAUAAAAACAAGAAGCAGAGCACAACAACAAAAUACGACUCGCCUGGAUCAGUUCUUUACUCUCUAUUUUCAAAAUGUGUUUUUUGAGCUGAAUGCUAUUCUUUCAGACUAUCACUCGAUACAAGAACAUGCUUCGAGAAACAGAAUCAUCGAGUUCGCUAGUAGAAAGCUCAAGGAUCUGGAUUUGCUACAGACAUUUGUAAAGGGCGCAUUUCUGCUAAAGAACUUGCUUUAUUUGAAGUUUAAAGGCGACGAUUGUGCCAAUUACGGUUACAAAAUUGUAGAAAUGGCAGACUUUUUGGCGAUCCUUUAUGAAAAUAUGAAAACAAGCUUCAUACCACGUCCAAACUUCAAUCUUGCCCUGCAAGCAUUCAUGGAUUAUCGUAAACUACUGCCGAUAGAAAUAUAUAGGCUACUUGGUAGAAACAAAAGUAUAUUCACUGAACUAUACCGUAAUACAGACCAGAAUCUAAUAUUCGAGGAGGACCUUGUACAUAUCCAUAGAAUGAUGAAAAUAUACCUGCUAAGAGAAAGUGUUGAUAAUUUCAGAAUAGAAAAUGGAAUACUGCACCUUCAAUCGAAAUUUUUUACCUUCAAAUUGGCGCUGUGUGGUUUCUAUCAAAGGCCGCAGUGGCAGCUAUUCAAGGUUAAGUCCUAUACUAAUAGUAGAAAAGUGGAUGAUCAGCUCUUGAGAAGACUUGCGACUAUAGAUUCUAUUGUAAAGUUUAUGAAGUUUUUUGAAAGCAAGAAAAAAGCCUUGAGUGUCUUUAAUCUUCUUGAGACGAAAACGGGGUUUUAUCAAAAUUUUACUGGCACAGUCAAUGGCAUCGACUGUCAGGGAUAUCUUAAACACAAUGAUUUUUACUGCAAAAUAUCCAACAAGGAUCAGUAUAAGAAAUUUAAAAACAGCGACAUUGACGAGAUCAAAGGAUAUUUGCUGGAUAUUAAUGCCCUUAAAGAGCCGAAGAGAGACGAGGUAAUAUCACAGACCGAUAAUGCAGAUAUGGGAUUCAAGCCUGGUAUUUUUGGCCCAAACAUAGCAAUUUUCAUCAGAGAUAUGUUCUUUUGUCUCAAUAAAGCACAAGGUGUCUGCUUUUUUGGAAAAAUGCCUCCCAUUUGUGGACUGGCAUUUCAAAAGUUGCACUUCAUAGUUGUCGAUUCAAAAGUCACUGCAGUGACCGAAAACUUUGAUGUUAGUGGCCAAGAUACCAUAGCCAUUGAAAACUUCACUAACUUUAUAGAGUGCAAUAUUGGCUUUCUUAUGAUUCUUCAUGAGCUGAGAGAUCUAAAUAUCCAAUGCAAAAUCAAUCAAUGUCUAUCGGCCAGGUCGUUCUAUGUUGAUUCAUCAUUCAAUCUAUACCAUCUUGACAAUCAUGGCUCAAAAACUCUCAUUAAUAUUGAUAGAUUUACUCUCAAAACUGCAAAUAAUAUGGUGCAUCAGAAUAUCGGCAAUGUUGGGUGCGUAAAUAUUCCAGCAAACUAUGCCAAUACUAGUUACAAGGAUUCCUUGAUCAGAAACCUCGUUGAUAAAAUCCGCCUCAUGGCAGUUCAAGAUGGCAUGCCCCAGAACAUAGAAAUUUCAGAAAACAAAAUUGGUGAAGUGAUGGUGUUUUCAUUUAUGAACAUCACAGUUAAAAUUACGGAUUCCAUUAAAACGUGCAUCAAAACUUUGACUGAAGAUUUGCAGCACUUCAACAUCAGCAGUGGAUUCAACUAUAUCAAAAAGUUUGGCAUAUUCUAUACCUACAAUCUAAUACCCACGAUCUUUACUGAAAAUCGAUUGUGCUUUGAUUUUUCCGAUUUUAUAGAUGAAAUAGUUGAAGUUGCAUUCAAAAAUGAUGUGUAUCUCAUCACAGGCCCAAAAAUGCUUCAAAUAGCCAAAAUGACAAGUCUUUUUACAGCAAAUGAUUCAAAAGUGUUUCACAUUCUCCACAAGUUCUUUCUUGCAAACAGAUUCAUAUUUCUUAAGAAAGUCUUUGGGAACUUGGCUGGAAAAUCCGAUUCUGGUGAAAUAUAUUUAGACGAAAGCAAAAGAAUAUGUCUAACACAAGAAGGCAUAAAAUUCAGGAGCAAUAGUCCUGAAAAUGAUCUGCGAUUAACUGAUGUGUUGAAUCUUGAGAGAGAUGUGCUACAGCACCUUACAAAUCUCCGCAAACAAUAA